AACAGCAGGAGCUCUGGCGCAGCAUUGCAGGGAUUACUUAUUCACUGAAUUUCUGGAACAGCUCCAGGCCUCCUGUCUCUGCCUCCAGUGUACAAACUCAUUAAGUAUCCACAAGGCUCACAAUCCCCAGAGGCAAGAGAAAAUGGUAGGAAGGUGAUUCAUGUUGCAAAUCACACUGUCUCUGGAAGGACCUGCGGGGAACUGGAAAGACUGACCUGGUAUCCUGCCUUCUCCUACCCCCCUAACGCUUCCCCACGGUCAUUGAGGCGGCAGGCGCAGCCGGGAUGGAUUUUGUUGCCGGGGCCAUCGGAGGUGGUCUAAGCACAGCAGUGGGUUAUCCCUUGGACACAGUGAAGGUGAGGAUUCAGACUGAGAAGCAUUACAAAGGAAUUUGGCAUUGCAUUCAGGAAACAUACAGGACAGAAAAAGUCUGGGGAUUUUACAAAGGUGUGACUGCCUCAGUCCUCACAGUGUCGAUGAUUUCUUCUGUUUCAUUUGGCACUUACAAAAACAUCCUUUGUGCCAUCUGCAAGCUGCGAUAUGGGGCUGCAGAGGCCAAGCCAUCCAAGCUGGAUAUUUCUCUUGCCGGAGGUGCUGCUGGGGCUGUCCGGGUUGUGUUGACGACCCCUAGUGAAGUGGCUAAAGUUCGCAUGCAGACACAGAGGAAUCCACAUCCUUCCAUCACGUCUCCCCAGCCUGUUCCCAAGCCAAAGUACCGAGGAUCUCUGCACUGUCUGAAGGUUGUUGCCAAGGAGGAAGGUUUUGGGGGUCUCUACAAGGGCUGCUCUGCAUUACUCUGCAGGGAUUGCUCCUCUUCUGCAAUAUACUUUCUUACAUAUUCAGCUCUGUGUGACUGGCUCACACCAGCUGGGAAAAAUAAACCAGGUUUCCUGGUUGUGCUGCUUUCUGGUGGUUUCGCUGGAGUCCUGGCCUGGGCAUUAGCUACUCCCAUGGAUGUCAUCAAAUCACGGAUGCAAACAGAUGAAUCGGAGCAGCACAAGUACAAAGGCCUCAUCCACUGUGCUAGGGAGAGUGUGAGAAAGGAGGGUGCAAAAGUGCUUUUCAAAGGACUGAGUCUAAACUGCAUUCGUGCCUUUCCUGUGAACAUGGUGGUGUUUGUAACCUAUGAAGGUGUAAUGAGAUUUACAGAUCAUUAUACAAACAAAAAAUAGAUUGUGCCACUCUGUUCAGUGGUGUUUUUUUUUGGUAACACAACAUCCACUAAUGACUGCUCAAUGCCUCCUCCUUUGGUGGACAGCCUAAGAAGCACAAAAGUUGGAUCACUGAAGGCUUUGCUUUAUUCUUCUAGGAUUACAAACUCAUGAGGGAGUCUUGGAUUUAUAUACAAACUCCCUUUUAUUUUGUUAAUAUAUUUAGAUGGGUAGCUACUGCUGAGGCUUUUGAAACAUCUGCAAAUAUUUAUGCUCUGAAAAUCUGCUAGUCUGAUCACAGAUUUAAUUUCUACUGGCACAGAAAAUAAUUUUCAUGACCAAGGCAAAAAGCUGAGGGGAGUCUGUGAAAGAUCUAAUGCCGUGCAGUGUGUGCUCUUUACAUGCAGUGCCCGUAUUGUAAUUCACUGGGUCAGGCUGAAACUUGUCCUUCCCAGCUGUAAUUUUACCCAAGCACUUUACAAUUCUAUCCCUUUGGGAGGAGAUGAAAUAACUCCUUGCUUUUUCCUGCCCUGGACGUGGUCAGUUUACAUAACGGCUCUAAGGGCCUCACUGAAAAUGAAAGCAAACACGGGUUCCCGUAAACCAUGGGAUUUUCUCCCAGUGCAGCCCUGAGCCGGGCACCAUCGGGCCCCUCCUGGAGGCUGAGGCCAUCCCGGCUCUCCAGAGCCUCCAACCUCUUCUCACCCUGGAAGGAGGCAAAACCACUUUGCUGCUCAAAGGAAAGGCUGGCAGAAAAGCUGUGCACUAGCAGGGUUAGAAAGGGGAAUUGCAAAGCUGUAGCAUAUCAUUAAGACUUAUAACCAUUAAAAGGUUAGGGGCAGCCAAAUGGUUUUGGGGUUUUUUUUGUUUUGGUGUUUUGUUUUUGGUAUUUUUGUUGUUUUUUUGUUUUUUCAAAGGUACAUUCUGAGAGAAUUUCUGACUUUCCUAACAAUUAUUUCUUUGUCACAAAAGUGUAAAGUUUCAACAUGUCAGUUAAAAAAAAUGAACACCCAAAAUCCACACUGUUGCUUCAGAAGGGAAAGUCCCUAAAUAACCUGAAAUACUUUAAUUUGCUCAUCCUGCUUCAGGAGCAGCAUAAGUGUUUUCUAUUUCCAUUUUAAUCUCUGAAUGAUGGCAUCUGGAGCAGACUGGCCCCAGCCUCUGGCAGAUUGUGUUGAAAGUGCAUUUUUUGGAGGGCAAGAGCAAAGCUUUAUCUUUAAAAGAGUUCUUGUAUUCAGGGUUGAUAAUUUUCUGGUCCACAGCCACUUCUACCAGUUGAUAGCAUGGCCUUGGCCAGAUUGGCAGUAACUUUGCAGCAGACAUGACUUGUCAGCUACCCUGGCCAUAUAUAAAAAGAGGUCUUGUACUAAAAGGACAAGUUUAAAAAUUCCAGGUCCUACUAGGAAACAACAAAGGGCACCUCUUCCUCUCCAGAGUGUGACCAGUAAAAAGCUCCUGCACUGUCCCCACGAAAUCUAAACUUUUAAGUGGCUAUCGUUUUCACAGACAUGAUAUCAAACAACGAUCACAAUUAUUUUUCUCAAGUCUAUCCAGCUGUUGCAGCUCCAAGACCUGGUUUAAGAGACGAGAUAACCAGGUAGGUAUUCCUUAAAGAGAAGUAAAAUGAAAGACCCCAAACUGAAUUUGAUUGUUUCCCAAAGUGCUUAUGGCCUCUGCAACGUCUCACCCCCAUCUACAUCUUAGGGCAUCAGCACCAAACUUCCUUUAAUCAGAAAGUCCUUACAACAGUUAAGUCCUCAGGCUCUGGAAUUCCUCUUGAUGUGGUUCUUCAUCAUCCCCUACCCUCCAUCUGCAAGGGAUACAUUUGACUGAGUGCUGGAUAGCAAUUUAUCCCAGCUCUACCUAAAUAUUUUCUGGAAUCUAGGUUCUUUACACUGAAUUAUUCUCAACUGAUCUUGUUCUCAGGCAUUACAUCUUUUGAACAGAAACACCAAUAAAAAGCCUACAAAACAGACUAAACAGCCACUUAUUGUUAGUCAGUCUUGAUACAAACUGUGGUCAGCUCAAGGUUUGAAAAUAAAGUAAUUCAGCUUUCCUAAUAGACUUCAUUCUGAUGAGUAAAAAUGUCUCCUCCUGUGGGUGUAACUGAACUUCAUCUGUUUUCAAGAACAAGGUAUUCCAGAAAAAUGGUAAAAAUAAGUGGGAACAACUGUGAAAGCCAGUGCAAGGGAUCCUAGGGUAUUCAGUGCCAUGUAGAAGCAGGUUCUCAUGUGGGCUGAACAAACACUACACAAGAGGGAAGCUGUACCUUCAAGGUAGCUUACUGUAGGUAACUACUUUGCAAUCCACCCCCUUCACAAGCCUUUAC